UUAUUUUUGUGCUGUUGUUUUUACAAGAAACCUUUCGUCAGCGUGAGCUUCAGGGGUUAUGAUGUUUUUGAUGGAUCGAUUUUUCCAGGGUGCUUUACAUGGCCGGUCGAAUUGUGCACUGUAUUACGGUAUACCGGAUAUCGCGGAGACAAGCCGAGCGAAGGAAAUCAGUCAGGGAAAUUGCCUUACAAAUGCAGAGUUUCUGAGCUGAUCACUCAGUUUUACAAUUCUCAGAUCAUGAGUGGAACGGUAGUAGAAGUGGUAGACAUGAAAGUGGAGGAGGAGGUUCAGGAGAUUGAGGACCCGAUAGAAGAGCCUAUAGAACUAGAAGAGCCUGUCAGCAAGAGAUCCCUUCGUCAAGACUCACGUAAAGUGAAGAAAGACUAUGGUUAUAUGGAUCAAAUAAUGGAAAGACAGGGUAUAGACGAUCAGCUGAUUGAAGAAGUCAAGAAGAACGCUUGCAUCUAUGAUCCUGCACACAUGUAUGCCAGAGAUUCCUUCCUCAAAGAAACCACAUGGAGACAGAUUGCAUCAACCCUCAAUGUUGCCCCUGAAUAUUGCAAACUUCGAUGGAAGAGCCUGAGGGAUCGCUACGUGAAAACUCAGAAAGAGGAGAGGAGGAGGAGAGAGAUUGGCAUCCACAAGUUGUCUAAGCCGUACAGAUAUGCCAAACAGCUUGCUUUCCUGAGAAACUUCUCGAGAGGAAUCAACAACUAUGAUGAAAUGUUUUCUAUGAUUGGUUAUGGCAACGGUGAAGUUCCAAGUGAACAUCCUGAUUCGGGACAUGAGAUUGAAGAAGACGAGGGUAGCAGUGGAACUAUAGACCAGGGAUGGGCUGCGGCCGAAGGUUAUAUGUCCUCACCCUCUUCUUCUCAUCACACUAGCAAUGACCAUCACAUCACAAACAAUGUCAAGGAACAGAGCUCCCAUAAGAGAAAAACCUUGGCAAUGCCUGCCAGUGAUAAUGUGAUGAACUACCUUGGAAUUGAAGGGGAAAAUGGCCCUCCCGCGAAACGGUCGGCGCAGUCACAGCCUUCACCCUCGACCUCCGAUGACCGGGGUACACUGAACCACCCACCCUUGGUUGGGGAAGACCCGGAACAAUCCUAUGACGAAGUAUUUCAUUUCCUGGUGAGCCUGGCACCGGCCAUGAGGAGACUUUCAGCUCAAAAACAGUCCCUGGCAAGGAUUAAGAUUCAGACUGUACUCCAUGAACUUGAAUUUAGUUGAAUGUGAUCAAUAUUUUGACAGAUGUUACUAUGCUCUUCAGGCUGAGGUCCAUAGACUUCAUUCGUUGGGAACUGACAAGAUCUACCACUAUACAGAAUAACGUAAGCAUGGAUGUUUGAGGAGCAGACACAAUGCUGCAUUUUGAUCAACCACACUGACAUCUCAGUUUCUUGUCAGCCUGUACUUGCCGUGUGUAUGAUUUCUUCAAAGAAAGCAACUCAUGUGAUGCCUCAAUGGCAACAUCGUAGGGUCGUAUUGCUUCUGUUGACUGAUAUUUAUGAUCAAUGCCCUUCUGUGCAAGAAUAGAAGCUGGAUGAAGAAGAGGCUGGCAUGAAAAGAAACAUUCCGGUUGCCACGGCACACCUAGCUUUUGGACCCUGAUGAACCAUUCAUGUUUAGAAAACCAACCUGUCAUUCCCUCUUCAGUCCACAUAGAUAGUGAUAGAGAUUAUUCCUUUAAGGUUGCAUAAUUGACAGGACUUCAAGAUAAUGAAACCUGAUGGUUAUACAUGGUCUGUCCCUUUCUUCUCAGUCCCUCCCCACUCAAAGAAUGACAGACAUGAUUCCUCAAGAAUUCCUGUGAGGUUGCAGAAUCUGCAAUCUCCAUUGUAGUCCGAACACUGAAUUCGAUAGUCAUUAGGGACGUCCCAGCCAAUAAGAUAAGGUAAAUCCACCCCUACAGUUUUGUUAUACAUUCAUCCUUUUUUUUUCUCUAAUGAGUUCAUUGAUGAUUUGAAUUUUUCUUCUAAGUUGCAGUUCAUCAUUUUAAUCAUUCAUCAUUUCAAAUGUUGUGAACCCUGUAGACAAGAGUAUGUAUUUACUGGCCUAGCAAGAUAUCCUUCAGAUACAGUGUGACAAAGCUCAUCAACAUUUUUUAUGGUGUUAAAGAAUAUGGCAGGACAAAUCAUCUCACUAAUGAAAGUGCACUAUAUGAAUGAUCCAGAGUUGAACGGACAAACUCGUAUGAUAAUUCUUUUCUGAUGUCAUGGCUUAAUUCAAGAAUUAUGUUUAGUGAUAACUUUUGGUGACAUUUGAUGACAUUUUGGUGCCACUGUGGACUGGUUUUCGGCCAGCUUGUUUCAAUUUUCCUUAAUUUUAUCAAAAAAAAUUUGAUUGAAUCUGUUUUUCAAUUUGCCUUGGAACAAAAGAAAGUGGCUUACCUCUGCAACAUGUUUUAUUUUUGAUGCCUGGUAUCCCAUUGAGCUUUGUACACAACAACCCCAUUGGACUUUGUCUUGCAGUAUCUGAAUGAGUCUUAACACUGACAUCGGAGCCUGUGACACAAAGGUGCAGUCAUCGUACACUACAUUUUUCAAUGAUUGAUUGCAUUGACUGCAAUGUACAAUUAAUCAAGAAAAUCAAUUGUCUGAUUAAUCGCUCAUCUUUUGUGUUACAGAACUCUGGAGAGCAUUUCAUAAACAUCUGCUGUCCAAUAAGUUCUCAGAUCUGAAAACUUUCCUUAAGUUGGUUUUUUAAUUGCUAAGAGGCACAGGUAUUCUACUGUUAGCAUGAUAGCUGUCAAAUGAAAUAGCCUUUAUGGAUAAAACAUCUGACACAUCCUUUCAUGAAAGGCUCCCACUGUUGGGUCAUGUGUUUGUAACUAGACUGCUUUCCACCUAGUCUUGUCUGCAUGCUUCAUGAUGAGGUACGAUCGUUAGGCAGCUUGUCAAAAGUCUUUGCCAUGUCUUUUCAGCAGGGAUUCGUCUAUAUCGAUGCAAUGCAUAUUUUUUCAAUGCCGCUUUCCUGCAGUCGCCAUUGUUAUGUCUAUGGCAUUACAUCAAACCCUCGUUGGGGAGACGACCACAGUUCAGGCCCUGAACUGCGGUUUUAUACCCCCUUAACAAAAACCUUGUUAGAGGAUCCAAGAUAUUUCAUUCCCAAGUGCUAUCAACCCUGAAUUGCCCGAUAAUCCCUCUUAUGUCACAUUUCACCUUGCACGCAGGUCUGAGGGUUAGACCAUAAACAGCAGCUGUGAUAUUACGUAAGAGCAGCUCUAGCUGUAGUAGGCCUUCCGGAAUUAAAUUAUUGUAUUUGAUAUUUAAUCAAGAAUUCAAAGGUACAUUAUAUUUUGAAAUCUAUGUCAUUCUGUUUUCAAUUUCGAACAAAGAAAAUCAGCCCCGAACGAGGAAACUAUUAAAGAGAAAUAAAAGUGACUGCAUGCGCUGGCAAGCAAGUUUGUGGGAAUCAUCAAGCUGUGUAUAUGUAAUUUUGAUUUAUUUCUUUUUGGACCUAUGGAGGUCAAGAAACACAUGUUUAGAUACUUAAAUAACUGGCCCGAGAUGUUUUAGGUUUUUCAUUGUUGGAAAUGGGGGUUUGCCUUCUCCAACGAUUGUUUUGCCUCAUGGUGACUGUGAUGAUUUGGAAUGAAAAGCUAUUUGCAGGAUUCUUGCGGGAAAGACGUGGCUCUGACUUUUCACAAGUUGCUUUAUAAAGUUUCAAUUUUUAUUUGAUCUGAUUUCAUCCAUACCAUACCUGCCAGUUGAUGUCUUACUGGAUAGUCUGUAUUUGAGAGAAUAGAGGACAGAAAACUCAAACCCGAGUUUCUAAUACUCUUAUUGUAGAAAUGAAUAACUGAAAAUGAAAUAAUGGAAAUUGAGGAAUAUCAUUUUUUAUUUGUAUAAAAUUUUCACUAUCUACGAAUUCAAGGCUGGCAGAUAUGCAGUUAACAUAUGUUUCUUGGUCAAUUUCAUAUCAUAUUGUUUUAAUUUGUAUUGAAUUUCCAUCAGUGUUUUUGGUAUUUAUUUUGUUUUAUUCGUUAUUUGUGGUGUUGUUUUUCUUGUUUUGUUUGCUUUACUGUUCAAGGUUCUUUACUAACUAGUUGGUGCUAAUAUUCUGCCAAACUGGAGAAUUAAUUUACUCAAUGUACAUGUAAUUUUUAGGCCAAUAAUGAACACUUAUUUGCACUUUUUACCAAAAUUUUCAACUCUCCAUCUGCCUGUUGCAGAAAGGCAGACCUGCCAACCAGUACGUUUUAGCCGUAUUUAGUACAUUUUUGCAACCAAAAUAUGGCAGUACGUUUUUUCUUUAAACACUUAAAUUUCAGUAAUGCGGGGUAUAUAAGCCAUCACUGCAUUAGUCAGAUCAUGCGCACGGGAUGCACACUACCACAUAUCCAUCGAUCAGAUUAUGUGUUAAAUACAUGUAGCGUGCGCAUGUUGGCGUUUACGCAUGACCCUGAUGGGGUGUUGCAAGAAAACUUGCAAUUGAUCACAAAUCAUUGUCAGGUUUAAAAAUCAAUUGAAAGACAAGCAUUUCAUUGCCAAUUUGCAAGAGAUUGGUGGUCUACUUCUUGCAUCGACAAAAUUAAUUUAAAAUUGAUCUAUCUCUUGUAAAUGUGCUUCUGAAAUUUGCAAUUGAUUACAAAUAAUUUUUUGCAACACCCCUUUGCAUGUACGUCAUACUUAAAUCUUUGUGAAACGCCCCCUGGUCCUGUAUGUCUUCACUCACAAAUGGUGACCUUUUUUUUAUUCAAAUCCAAUCUAUUUAGAUUAAAAAUCCUAAUGAAAAGUGUUUAUACUUCCAAACUUCAAUUAAAAAUUGAAUUAUGUGGGUUACCGUAUUAAGCAUGAGAAACGGUCACCAGUAGAGUGUGGCUUUCAAGUUCUUGAACAAGCUUGACAUCCCAAGUAAGGCGGUGCUGUUGGUAAGCAAACGUUUCCAAGAGUUUUAUUUUUUAUACUUGUGUUAUUCUUAAAAUUUGUAAUAAAUUUAUAUAUAUGUACAUGAAUCUUUGUAGACAAUAACACACAGAUAUCACCAUUAGCUGUGAGAACACAAUGCAUGACAUGUUUUAAACAUCACAAGAUAAUCAAUUUUCCCAUAGGGAUUCUCAGAAUAAAUAAUCUGUUUCUCUGAUCCAAGCUACGGUAUGCUUGGUUAAGCAAUAUGAUUCAAACUAUUCCAAAUUAAGUACAGAAGAGUACCGAAGUUACAACGUCACAAAAAACUUUCUUCGCAUUUCGGCGUUUUUGAUACCAUAUUAUGGUAGAGCAUGAUGAAAAACUUCCAUGUCCAAAAUUUUGUACGAAUAGGUCCAUGGGGGCCUUAGAUAUGACCUCAUUAAUACAUAAUUAGCCCCAUUAAAGUCAAUGUAUUCAUGAGGUCAUAUCUUGUGGUCCCAUGCACCGAUUCCUAACAAAUUUGGGUUGUGGGGUUUUUCAUCAUGCUCUACCAAAAUAUGGUAUAAAAAAUGCGGACGUGCAAAAAUGGAAAAUUGUUGACGUCCACUUCUGUACUCUGUGUUGCAAGGGAAUGGGAAAUGAAAUAUUUGAUAAAUUUGGCAACAUCCUGCUCUAUGAAUUCUGAAUUUAGUUGAAUUACAAUUAUAUGUGGCAGGUGUUACUAAAAUUACAUUGUUUUAUUGAUCAAUGAUCAAGUUCUCAUACAGUGAGGUUCUAUGAUUUUAAUAUUGACUGAAAAUGUUGAACUUAGAUUGAAACCUUGAAUUUUAUUUUUUUUAUUGAUAUUUUAUUUAAAAAAAAAUAACUUAUUGCUAUUUUAUUUCUUUAAUAACUGAUCACUUCAUUUCAUAGAGUCAUAAAUGCACUAUGAACGAUUUUGAGUAAGUGCGAAAUAAGAGGUCAUUGCCACUUCAUGUUUUGUCUACUUUGCCUUAUCUCAUUAGCGAUGGUAAAAUACCUUUGUGACAUCAUGAUGACCUCACAUGUGCUCACUAGCAGUAAAACAAGCAUCGACUAGAGAGCAUUAAAGAAUGGAAAGCCCUGAAUUAAAAAAAAAUCUUGUAUAAGAUUAUAAGUAAUGGUUCCUUCCUUUAUGAAAAAAAAUUACUUCUUGAUAUCAAGUGAUAGGACUAUCACUUCCUCAAUCAAAUCACUUUGGUCAAAUCAAUCUCUGUUUAAUAUUUUUCUCGCUCUGAAAUAACAUGGCCAUUUCAAGGAUGAAUAUAUUUUACCUAACUGGAAUAAUGAUGAUGAGCCGGUAUUUAUGGGGUGUAAACGUAGCAACCUCAUUGCUUUGCAGAUUAUUAUCACCCCUGUCGUCGGAUUCUGUCUGUCUUGCCGGCAUACAUUGUAUGCACAUUCUUCACUCCCUGGGGAGUAUUCCAGCCGGUUGUUGUGGGAGGCAUUCGUGAUGCCGGGUUGAUACAAUGACUUGGCACCCUACCCCUGACCAGGUAACCAUUAGAAAUAAGUUAGAGUGGGCCCAGUUACACAAAAAUGCAGUGCAAUUUGGCAUGGCAAGUAAAGCAUUUACAAUCAAUUGUAAAUAAGAAUUGUCUCUUUGUAUCAAAGGGCCUGGGAAGUUUGUGUAACUAGUGUCUUAUGGUUGGGAGCUUUAUCAGUGCAAGGUGUAAACAUUAUAACUUGCUUUAUUUUGUAUAUGAAUGUUUCGUGUAAAUAAUAUCUAUUCAUGUUAAAAAAGGAAUAAAAAAAAAUCAUCUGAAAACCAGCUGGAUUGAUGAUGAAAGUUGUCAGUGUUGUGGAUAUGAUGAUUUUAAAAGAUGA